AUGAGUGCAAGUGCAAAGUCGUCGGGCAGCAGCAUUGCGCGCCUGCUGCUCCUGGGCGUGGUCUUCCACGCGCUAUACAUCCUCAGCAUCUUCGACGUCUACUUCCAGUCAACUGUGGGGUCCUCUAUCCGCAGUGCCAAUUACACCUCUUCGCCUCCCGCCAAGCGCGUCAUCAUCUUCACAUUCGAUGGUUGUCGCGUCGAUAAACUCUUCAAAGUCGUCGCCAGGUACGCAGACCACUACGACCUCAACCCAGACAGUGCUACGAACACCAUUGAGACUAGUACGGACAGUCGUGUGCCAUUCCUAGGCGAUGUGAUGCGAAAUCGUGGUAGUUGGGGCAUCUCUCACAAUCACGCACCUACCGAAAGCCGUCCAUGUCACGUGGCGCUCACUGCCGGGAUGUACGAGGACCCCCACGCGGUCUCUAAUAGCUGGAAACGACAUCCACUUCCCUUCGACUCGGUGUUCAAUCAGAGCAAUAACGCUUUCGUCUUUGGCAAUAAAGACGUUGCACCGAUCCUCGCGGCUCACGCACCACAAGCAAAGGAAAAACACUAUUCCGCGAGAGAGGAAGGCGACAUGGUACGUGAAGACACGACGUUGCUGGAUGUGUGGGCGUAUCGCAGAGUGAAAGAACUGUUUGCAAAAGGGACGGAAGCGAAGGAUUUGGAAUUGUACAGGAAGCUGCAUGACGAUAAAUUGGUGGUCUAUUGCCAUUUUCUCGGCACUGAUUUGACAGGACCAAAGUAUGGAGCGGACUCGCGAGAGUACUUGGAGAAUAUUGCUGUGGUGGAUGAGCUGAUCGAGAAGACGUACAAAAUGAUUGAAGCUUAUUAUGGGAACGAUGGACAAACAGCGUACGUGGUCAACGCGGACCAUGGAAUGGAUCUUCGUGGGGACCAUGGAGAUAAUGCUCCAGCUAAAACAAGGACAGCAAUUAUUGCGUGGGGUGCCGGUGUCCAGGGACCUGAGGCAACACAAAAGAAUGGCAGGAAUGAGUUUGAUAUUGAGCUGCCUACUCGAUCGAGAGCGGAGGUGCAGUCACGACUGCAGGCACAGGAAAACGAGGAGCAGGCUGCUGUCCGCGAGUGGCGUGCAGUAUUAGGAAUUAAGCGCAAGGAUGUUAUGCAGACAGAUGUGGCAGCACUUAUCAGUGCUUUAGCAGGACUUCCGUAUCCCCGAAAUUCGGUUGGAGUUCUACCAUUUACUUACUUGCGGCAGGACAAGUAUCGCGUCACUGCUAUGCGUGCAAAUGCACAGCAAUUGUAUCAACACGCAUUGCGCAAGGAGGAGGUAAAACGCGCUCGCCGAGGGUUAUUUUUUGUUCCAUACUCAUCCCUCCACAACCGGGUACCAGACCUCGAGGCCCACAUUGAUGAGGCCAUCGAUAGCCUGCCUGAAGGUACAAGCCACACAAUUCAUGACGAUGCGUUCCGUGUCGUCGAACUAUUGAGCCAGGAGAUGAUUGAUGUUUGUCGGCUAGCGAUCGUCUAUUACCAGACGUACGACUGGUUGUUUUUGCGAGGUUCGAUUGUAUUGGGGUACAUCGGCUGGGCUCUCGUCAUGACUAUAGCUUAUCUUCAUCCCCGGGAAUUUUGCUUACGGUGGCUUAUGACUCAUACAAUUAGCGUCACGUUUGUUGCUACUGUCGCUGCAAUGAUGUGGUGGCGGCUUCUCGCAGACUCACCGUCGAUGUAUUACGUUUACGGGUUGUGUCCUCUUGUCUUUUGGAAAUUCGCUUGGAGACAUCGUCAUGAACUCCUAGCAGUACUUCCUACGAGAAAGAAUUCCGGAUGGAAGUGGAUUGUUCAAGCUGCCUUGGUAUUAGUUUGCUUAGAGCUGGUUGUCAUUGGCUACAAGCACCGUGUCGCGUUCAGCUUGCUGUUUAAGCUGGUGACGCCAAGUUUUUGUUGGUCUGCGAGCUGUCUUUUUAUCGCAAUUUUCCCGUGUCUACCGAUCGGUAAUGACGAAGGCACACUCUUGGUUCAUUUUGGAGCAUUGUUGGCAGUGCUUUUAUCUGGUGGGCCUCCAGUGCUUAUAGCAAUGUUGACUCUGCAAUGGACGUCAACUUGCCUGGAUGACAAAGCCACGCCGCCUUUCUUUCUCGUGGUUUUAAACUGGCUGCUCGUCAUCCUUCCAGUAACAUGGUUACUUGAUGAAAGCGACCUGGAACGCCAACGAACAGGUCAAGUCACACGCGUAGUGGUUGUGCGAUUAUUGAAGAUAAUUCUUGCUCUUGCUCCAGGCUUCAUACUGCUAAGCACAUCAUACGAAGUGUUGUUUUACUUGGCACUAUGCUGCGGGCUCAUCAGCUGGGUGGUGGUGGAAGCAAAAGAGACGUUGACUCGAGGAAUUACUGCGUCUCGUGAAGUGCAGCGAGCGCUGAUACUUUUACUGUUUGUCCAAGUUUCGUUCUUCGGGACAACCAGCGUGGCCAGUCUUACCAGCUUCCAGAUCCCAUCGACUCGGCAAUUUUUAACACAACCUGCUCCCUCUAUUGCGCAAGCUCUUGUCGUACUGAAGCUCAUGAUUCCGUUCGUGCUUGUCGCCUGCGCUUUCCGUCUGAUCUUGCUGCUACCAUCAACAGCAGCAUCGACACGAGAGAAAGAACUGCGUGGAACAUCUCUUUGGUUGUCGUCAUAUUUCCUGCCGGCAGUGGCGUUGGCAGACUUCCUCGCUGUGCAGUUCCUCUUUCUCGUGAAUAAUGAAGGCAGCUGGAAGCAGAUGGGGAAUUCUAUCGCGGAGUUCUGCAUCGUCAACAGCCAAAUCGUCUUGCUGCCGACGAUUAGUUUUCUCGCCUGGUUCUUCGUUCACGACCUGGAAGCUGUUGGCAAAGGAUACGAGUUAAUAGUAGAAGAUGAAGACGAGAAGGAUCACUAG